AUGAAUAAUGCUGUACCAGUAUUAAAGAAUAAUAAAAACAAGCAGCAACAAGAAGAAGAAAACAAGCAAAAUAAAAAUAAAAACAAGAAGAAACAAAGAUGUUAUUUAGAACCCAACCGAAUUAUGCGGUAUAUGCAAGAUAAUGCAACAGCAAUUAUAAGCAGUCGUGGAAAUCAAGCAUAUAUAUUAGCUGCAACUAGUAUUUAUGACGAAUGGGUUCGCAACAAUUAUGAUCUACAAGUAUGGCAAAAUUAUUUAAAAAUGAGCACUGAUGAUAAACAUUGGUCCAAAGAAGUAAUUAAAAGAACAAAAAGACGAGAUGAUCUAACAAACAGUCGUUUUAUUCACAAGAUGAUUCAUCGACUAACAACUAGCAUAGCUGAAGCCAAUGCUAUUAUCUCGAAUUUACAAAUUCAACUGACCACUUAUUGGAGUCAAAUUGCUUCCAGUGGCGCUACCUCGAUGACAACAACAACAAACAAUAAUCGAACUCGUGAACCAACAGAUAGAUUAGAAAAAAUCAUAUUAAAAUACNCGUUUUAUUCACUAGAUGGUUCAUCGACUAACAACUAG